UGAGAUAAGUAACUUGAGAAUGUUGUGAGUAGGGCAGUGAACUCUGGCCAUAUUGACUGCCCGUACCCAACAUCUCUAUUCUUUUUAUUUGGGUUUCAGUAUAAGACUAUUAAGGAUAUUUACUGAGGUGAAGGAAGGUACUUUCUCAAAAUGAGUCUCCUGGUGCGUUAUAUGAGACUGCUUGGGCCCCACACUAGGCAGCAAGUGUUCAGGAACACAUACAGUGUGUGUCUUGGGUCAUCUCUCCCUCAUAGGUGUUACAGGUCCCUCAAAGGUGUUUAUGGAUAUAAACCUCAAGAACCGAGUCCAUUCUUAUUAUCAGAUGAUGUCAUACAGCGCAGAGCAGAGGAAAGCAACAUUUUCAGAUUCAUCUGUGCUUAUCGUGAAUUUGGACAUCUCAAAGCUGAUAUCAACCCAUUGCAACCAAAUGAAAGACUGGUGCCUGAGUUGGAACCUCGAUUGUACAACUUAAGUGUCGAUAAGACAUAUAACAUUAAAGGUCUCAUAGCUGGGUGUGAUGAGUCUUGCACAUUAGAACAGCUGCAAAGCAUCCUACAAGACAAGUAUUGUGGACAUAUUGGUGCUGAAUUUUCAUACUUGCCAACUCUGGAAGAGAGAGAGUGGUUUGCAACAGCCUUUGAAACAAUAGUUGGAGAAGUUCUGACCACUCAAGAACGCAUCAGGCUGGCUGGAGACUUGUUGAGAUCUCAGGCUUUUGAUAAUUUCUUAGCCACCAAGUUCCAAAGUGUUAAGAGAUAUGGAGGAGAGGGAGCAGAAUCUAUAGUUGGCUACUUCAAGGAAACAUUCAAGAGACUUGCACAGGAUGGGGUGGAACACGCCGUGAUGGCCUUGGCUCAUCGGGGACGGCUUAAUCUUCUAUCUGGUGUUCUGCAGUACCCACCAGUUGUUAUGUUUCAGAAGAUGAAGGGUCUACCAGAAUUUCCUCCUGGCAUGCACUUUACAGGGGAUGUUCUCUCACAUUUAGUCGUCUCGGUAGACUUAGAAAUGGCUGAGCACUCCUUGCACGUUACUAUGUUACCAAACCCAUCCCAUCUGGAGGCUGUGAAUCCUGUGGCUUGUGGCAAAACACGUGCAAGGCAAAAAAGUUUAGGUGAAGGUUGCUAUUCUUCAGAUGUUUCUGCUCGGGCUGGUGAUAAGGUUGUUUGUAUUCAGGUCCAUGGAGAUGCUGCACUGGCAGGACAAGGGGUAAUGCAAGAAACGCUGGCACUCUCCAAUGCUCCACACUUUGCCAUUGGUGGAGCCUUACAUGUCUCCAUUAAUAAUCAGAUUGGCUACACAACCCCUGGAGAGCGCACACGAUCAUCAGAUUAUUGUACAGAUAUUGCAAAGAUGUGUAGCAUGCCAGUCAUACAUGUAAAUGGUGGCAAUCCAGAGGCUGUUGUGAAAGCUGCUCAUUUAGCAGUCCAGUAUCAAAGGAAAUUUCGCCGAGACGUGUUUGUUGAUUUGGUGUGCUGGCGCCGAUGGGGGCACAAUGAAUUAGAUAAUCCUUGGUUUACCAAUCCCUUGAUGUACAGCAACAUUGAUUCUCGCAGGAGUGUGCCAGACACAUAUGCUGAUUCCUUGGUGACAGAAGGCAUACUAACCCAGGAAGAGGUUGUGAAAACUACAAGUGAUCACAUGGCAUUUCUAGCUGAGCAGUUCAAACUAGUCGAUUCUCAUGUUCCAAAGGCUACCCAACUAGAAAAGCAGUGGUCAGGGCUUGUUCAUGCUCCUGGGGCCAUUGAAGUUUGGGACACUGGAGUGGAUAUUGCUUCUCUUAAGUAUUUAGGAGCAAAGUCUGUCUACGUACCUGAGGGAUUUAAUGUCAGUAAGCAACUUAAAAGAAGCCACAUUGACACCCGUCUUCAGAAACUUACCGAAGGACGUUGCUUGGACUGGGCAACUUGUGAGGCUUUGGCCAUGGCUUCAGUAUUGCAUCAAGGUAUACUUGGUAAUAGUUUCAAUAUACGUUUAAGUGGUCAAGAUGUGGGCCGAGGUACAUUCUCACAACGGCAUUGCAUGUUGGUUGAUCAGGCAACUGAUGAAAUGUAUAUUCCUCUUAAUCAUAUGAGUGAAGAACAAGCUGGACACAUUGAAGUUGCCAACAGCAUUCUUUCUGAAGAAGCAGUACUUGGCUUUGAAUAUGGAAUGUCAGUGGAAAGCCCAAACACGCUCUGUAUAUGGGAGGCACAGUUUGGAGACUUCUACAAUGGUGCCCAAAUUAUGAUUGAUACAUUUGUAUCAUCAGGAGAAAGAAAAUGGUUGACACAAAGUGGCCUAGUAAUGGUUCUGCCUCAUGGAUAUGAUGGUGCCGGCCCAGAGCACUCAUCAUGUCAUAUUGAACGCUUCCUGCAAAACUGCGACUCUAGUGAAACUUCUCCAGAUGGAGAAGAUGUCAACUGGAUUAUUGUCAAUCCAACAACUCCUGCACAGUAUUUCCAUUUACUCCGGAGACAGAUGCUGAGAAACUACCGCAAACCUCUUAUCAUUGCUGGUCCUAAGAUGAUUCUCCGUCUACCAGCUGCAUCAUCUGAUCUGGAAGACAUGGCUCCUGGAACACACUUCCACCCCAUCAUUGGUGACAAAAAUGUUAACCCUGACAGUGUCAAGAAAAUAAUUUUUGUGAGUGGGAAACACUAUUAUGCUUUAGUGAGCGAAAGAGAAGCUCGUGGCAUCACAGACACUGCAAUCAUCCGGCUGGAGUGUCUCUGUCCAUUCCCAACCAACGACAUCAACAAUGAAUUGCUGAAGUACAAGAAGGCCAAGACAUUUGUUUGGUCGCAAGAGGAACACCGCAACAUGGGAGCUUGGGUUUUUGUGCACUCACGAUUUGAAAACUUGUGUUCAACAAAGUUGCAGUAUGCUGGCCGGGAAGUACUGGGCACUACAGCAGUUGGUAUUGGUGAACUUCACAAACAGGAGGUUCAACAUGUUAUGCAUCAAACUUUUACUUGCUGACCUGACUAAAAACAGUCAUGCGCUGCAUAACAACAUUUAGGUCAACAAUGGAUGGCAUAUAUGAUGAUGCCAUGCGCUGCAGUCGUAUAAAAGUAUAGCACAUACAAUUAUGUACAGUACAUAUACUUGAUAAUAAACAACUAUGUUACUGGUUUAUGUAUUACUAUACUGUACUUUUAAUCGUUAGUCUAGAGUGUACUCUUUCUACUUACAAAAAAAGUUUACUGUAAAACAGUAUGCUGUGUUAUGCCGGCAGCAGCCUCAUACAUCACGUGUUUACCGCGUCUCUUGCUAGCAUCAUUUUCCACUGUGCUUGAUUUUAUCUCAUGUUUUGUUCAUCAUGGCCCCUAAGCAUACAAAAUCCACUACUAAUGUUGCCAUAGCUGAAGAAGAGGUAAGAGAAAAGGAAACUGCAGGAAAAGAAAAAGAAGAAAACCCCAAAGAAAAUUCACAGUGAAGAGUUUAGCAGAAGCUUUUGCAGACCUCAACAAGCUCCUUCAUGGGAGGUUCCUUGAUGCAGGUGAAGGGGCUCUUGAUCUAGGGAAUUGGAUCUGUCCUCUGGUUCCCUGAAUUGAGCCUGAAUACCCUCCAUCCCCCCCCACAUGCGCUGUAUAAUCAUACGGCUUUAGCGCUCCCCCAUGAUUAUAAUUAUAUAAUCAAGCUCCUUAAAAAGUCUGAAAACAUGGACCUCAACACUGAAAGGUUUUCAUUAAUAGAAAGGAAUGCUCAUGGUGCAUUAUCUACUUACAAGCAAAUUUAUGAUGAAAAAAAAAGAAACAAUUGCCUAUAGUAUUCAGUACAGUAACAUGAUGUACAGGUUUGUAGCCUAGGAGCAAGAGGCUAUACCAUAUAGCCUAGGUUUGCGUAAGUACACUAUGACAUUGACAGAAUGAUGGUAUCGCGUAACGAUGCAUUUCUCAGAACAUAUCCCCGUCAUUAAACGAUGCAUGACUGUAAUAUUAAAAGCACAUUGCCAAUCUUGUGGUUAAAUAUGGUAGUCAAGAUAACUUUUAUAUUAAUUUUUGUAUAUGGCUAAUACAGGUGAUAUAUGGUAAUAAUUACUGCUUAUCAGAUGAGCAUAUGUCUGUAGAAAAUAAAAUAUUAACAGGAUAAAAGGUCUAAGCUAUCAUAUCAUAGGGCCUCUUCAAAGACAAUGAUUAUGUAUGAGUAAUGGUGAAAGUGUUGAAUGAUGAAAGUUUUUUUUUUCUUUCUUUUUGGGUCACCCUGCUCCAGUGGGAAAUGGCCGACGUGUUAAAAAAAAAAAUACCUUAAGUCUUUGAUGCUGUGCAAUACUGAGAUUUAAAAAUGCAGCUAACAUCAGGGCCAUUAGUGCAUAAUCAUUAACCCUUAAACUGGCCAAACGUAGAUCUACGUUUUUUCAACAUUUGAAAGUAUGUAACCUGGAGUUUACCUGGAGAGAGUUCUGGGGGUCAACGCCCCCGCGGCCCGGUCUGUGACCAGGCCUCCUUAGGUCAGUGUCCCAGGAUGCGACCCACACCAGUCGACUAACACCCAGGUACCCAUUUUACUGAUGGGGAACAUAGAUAACAGGUGGAAAGAAACACGUCCAAUGUUUCUACUCUGGCUGGGAAUCGAACCCAGGCCCUCACCGUGUGAAGCGAGAGCGUUAACCACGUAUAUCUACUUUUGGAGCACUACGCAUGUGAACAUAGAUCUGCUUGGACAGUUUAAGGGUUAAAAGCUGAUGGUAUCUUUAUUUAGACUGCUAUUUUUAUCUGGCCUUUAGUACAUAUUAUUGUUCCAUCUGAAUGCCCAAGUGGUUUUUUUUUAUUAUUCAAACCAGAAGAGUGAAUUCCUUUAGCCUAAAUACUGUGUACAUUUGACUGAUACAUAAGGCUGUUCAAGGAAAAUGCAGUAUUUGAAUACACUUUGUAUCUAAUAUAUCCCUCUAGGGUUUUGUAUUAUUUCUUACCAGUUUUAUGUAGUGGAUGAAAAGCAUUCAUUGCUGUGUCAUGUAAAGCAUUUUGUGAGGGUUUGGGUCACUGUAUUGAUUCCACAAGAGGUGACAAUCAUUGAAGAUUCUCUAAGUGUUUCUUAGUGGCUCAAAACAGUCAUGUAAAAACUAUAAAGUAUAUUUGACCCUGUGGAAUAAAUUUGUGGUGCACCAGGUCUUCAUCACAAAACGUCAAGUCACAGUAGCAGCUCUCAUACAUUUACUGUGUAGCACUGGAUGAACGUAUCUUUUGAAGGGCUGAGUAAUAAAAUAGGAAGAUAGGUAUUCAAAUACUUUUUUUUGCUUUUAUAACAGAACUUAUAGAAAAACAGCUAGGGAAUGAGUUAUGAUACAUGUGUUUUCUUCUUUUGAGUCACACUGUCUUGAUAGAAAUGGCUCGUGUUUAAAAAUCUAGUCCAGGAACUUUGUGAUUACACAUACAGUGCAUAAAAGUAAAGCUUCACAUGCAUCUUCUAUGAUUAUUUUGACUGCAGAGAGAAUGACAAAAUGUAGGAAGAAUAAUCUUCACAAACUUGGAUGUUUUUUCUACCUUGUUCCUCCUAAUGUGGACUUUUAUUCCAUUAUCCAUUUUCACCCCCUGUUUUGACAUGCUCUGUUCACAAUGUUUUUUUUUUUUUUUUUUUUUUUUCAACAAGUCGGCCGUCUCCCACCAAGGCAGGGUGACCCAAAAAAGAAAGAAAAUCCCCAAAAAGAAAAUACUUUCAUCAUCAUUCAACACUUUCACCACACUCGCACAUUAUCACUGUUUUUGCAGAGGUGCUCAGAAUACAACAGUUUAGAAGCAUACACAUAUAAAGAUACACAACAUAUCCCUCCAAACUGCCAAUAUCCCAAACCCCUCCUUUAAAGUGCAGGCAUUGUACUUCCCAUUUCCAGGACUCAAGUCCGACUAUAUGAAAAUAACCGGUUUCCCUGAAUCCCUUCACUAAAUAUUACCCUGCUCACACUCCAACAGAUCGUCAGGUCCCAAGUACCAUUCGUCUCCAUUCACUCCUAUCUAACACGCUCACUCACGCUUGCUGGAAGUCCAAGCCCCUUGCCCACAAAACCUCCUUUACCCCCUCUCUCCAACCCUUUCGAGGAUGACCCCUACCCCGCCUUCCUUCCCCUAUAGAUUUAUAUGCUUUCCAUGUCAUUCUACUUUGAUCCAUUCUCUCUAAAUGACCAAACCACCUCAACAACCCCUCUUCUGCCCUCUGACUAAUACUUUUAUUAACUCCACGCCUUUUCCUAAUUUCCACACUCCGAAUUUUCUGCAUAAUAUUUACACCACACAUUGCCCUUAAAUACUGUUCACAUAUAUGCUUCAAUGUAAACACUUGAUCUACACAUCCCCUACCCACUCUGAAGCCUCCCUGCUCAUCCACAAUCCUACAUUCUGUCUUACCUCUAAUUCUUUCAAUUAUAACCCUACCGUAUACUUUUCCUGGUAUACUCAGUAAACUUAUUCCUCUAUAAUUUUUACAAUCUCUUUUGUCCCCUUUCCCUUUAUAUAAAAGGGACUAUACAUGCUCUCCGCCAAUCCCUAGGUACCUUCCCCUCUUUCAUACAUUUAUUAAACAAAAGUACCAACCACUCAACACUAUAUCCCCCCCUGCUUUUAACAUUUCUGUCAUGAUCCCAUCAGUUCCAGCUGCUUUACCCCCUUUCAUUCUACGUAAUGCCUCAUGUACCUCCACCACACUUACAUUCUGCUCUUCUUCACUCCUAAAAGAUGGUAUACCUCCCUGGCCAGUGCAUGAAAUUACCGCCUCCCUUUCUUCCUCAACAUUUAAAAGUUCCUCAAAAUAUUCUCGCCAUCUACCUAAUACCUCCCUCUCCCUAUCUAUUAACUCCCCUACUCUGUUUUUAACUGACAAAUCCAUACUUUCCCUAGGCUUUCUUAACUUGUUUAACUCGCUCCAAAAUUUUUUCUUAUUUUCAUUAAAAUUUCUUGACAGUGCCUCUC